CUUAAUAAUCAUAGUUUUCUAAUUUUAAUUGUUGACAUACUAUUGUUACGGAUUGCUGAAUGAACUUUAAUUUGACAGUAAUCGAUAGCAACCAAUCAACACUGAAGACUAAUAGAAGCGAAAAAUAAAAUAGAAAAGAAGUGUUCUCUAAAAUCUACAGCUGUAUGAAUUAUUAGUGCCAAUUGCCAUGAAUUGAAUUGAAAGCACACAGUAAGCAGUAGUUAUGUCGCUCAGACCGACGCAAGUUAAUUUUGAUGAGACGUGGGCCGGCCUCUCGAAGACGGUGCAGGCCGUGCUGACGCUCCGGCCCGUGGCCCGGGCAGAAUGGAACGGCCGCUUCUCUGACGUGUACAGUCUGUGUGUUGCUCAGCCUGAACCACUCGCCGAUCGGCUCUAUAGGGAACUGAAGGAGCUGUUGCAGAAACAUGUCUCUGCACUGAGGCGUAAGUUGGCGAAACUUCCUGAUAGAGAGCUGUUGCAACAGUACCACCAGGCAUGGGAAUUUUACAAUACGGGUGUGAGUUACUUAAACCAGCUGUUUCGAUACCUGAACCAGCAACAUAUCCAGAAGAGGCGUGCAGUUGAGCCGGAUCUCAUGUAUUCCUCUGAUGCCGACCUCACACAGCUGGAGUGUCCGCUGGAGGUCGGCGAGUUGGCAAUGGAACUGUGGCGCCGAGAGAUGAUAAUAUCCACGGAGUCGCGCCUCAUCCCACAGUUGCUGGCAGCGUACGCGGCCGACCGUGACGGCGAUAGCCGCAAUUCCGACGCACUGGCGGCAGCAGUGCGCUCUCUGGUCGCUGUAGAACAGUUUGCCCCUGCCUCGAAUCGCGAUUCGUUGCACCUCUAUAGGACCAUCUUUGAGAAAAGGCUGUUGGAGGCAAGUGCCCAAGUCUACCGGCAGAGGGCCGCCAAGCUCCUGCAGCACGGGGACGCAGCACACUACGUGAAGGCCGUCUCCGCCUUCCUCAGGGAGGAGACGGAACGAGCGCGCCGCCUCCUGCACCAGACAUCCGUGUCGCGUUUCCGCCAGCGCUGCGAGCAGCACCUCGUUUCGGAUCACCUGCAGUUUCUUCAGGAAGAAUGCCAAAGGGCGACUCGAGCAGAAGACAGAGUUGCGCUGGGAUCUGCGUACCCACUGCUGAGGGGCGUACCUGCCGGUGCUGUCGUCAUGAGGGAGGAGCUAGAGAAGCUCGUCAAGGAACGUGGGCUCAAUGAGGUGUGGCCCGCCUCGGGUCAAGCACCAGCACCUGCUGACUUUGUGAGUAACGUGCUGAAUAUCUUGGAGCGGUACCACGACCUGGUGAUUGAUGCGUUCCUGGGUGACAGCUCGUUUACUGCCGCCCUGGAUCGAGCCGUGUCACGUGUCGUCAACCACCGCCUGCAGCCUAACACCCCCUGUCCCGCUCCAGAGAUUUUGGCACGACACUGCGAUACGUUACUCCGCCGGACGGGUAAUACGGUGGACUCUGAGUUAGACGAACAGCUGGCCCGUGCAGUAGCCGUCUUCAAGUAUCUCGAUGACAAGGACGUCUUCCAGAAGUUCUACGCGCGCAUGCUGGCCAAGAGGCUCAUCUUUCAGCACAGCUUGUCAAUGGAGGCAGAGGAGGCGAUGAUUGGCAGGCUGAAGCAGUGCUGUGGGUGUGAAUUUACCAGCAAGUUUCACCGAAUGUUUUUGGACGUCUCCGUGUCGAGUGAUCUGAAUCGGAAGUUCGAAGAUGCAAUACCGCCAGCACCUGGUUCUGCAUCCUUUUCAGUGCAGGUGUUGCAGGCAGGGGCCUGGCCGCUGAACCCGGCUCCCAUCUCGCCAUUUGCUCCACCGGAAGAUCUGCAGAAGCGACUGCAGUCCUUCGAGAGCUUCUACCGCCACUUGUUCAACGGAAGGAAGUUGACCUGGCUGUACCACCUGUGCCAGGGAGAAGUGCGCCUGGGCUACCUCAAAAAGCCAUAUGUUGUAACAAUGCAGGCAUUUCAAUUAGCUCUGCUGCUGAUGUUCGAACGAUCGGAUAGAAUCGUCUGUCGUGAAGCGUGUGACGCAUUGGAACUCAACGAAGAUCAGUUCCGUCGCCACUGUAUAAGCUUGUUAGAGUCCCGCAUAAUCUUGCUCGAAGGAGCGAAAGAUGUCGACGGUGAGGGUGCCAUCUUCCGGCUGAACACCGACUUUUCUAACAAGCGCAUCAAGUUCCGUCUCGGUGCACCGACACAGAGAGAUCCCCCUGAGGAGACGAAGCAGACACUGUCGUCGGUAGACGAAGAUCGUAAGAUGUACCUGCAGGCGGCGAUCGUGCGAGUGAUGAAGAGCCGCAAGGUGCUGCGCCACACCGCUCUGGUCCAGGAGGUGUUGUCGCAGUCGAGCGCGGCGGCAUUUGCGCCCUCCAUCAGCCUCAUCAAGACCUGCAUCGAGGCGCUCAUCGACAAACAGUACCUCGAACGCUCGCCUCGUGCUCCUGACGAGUACAGCUACGUGGCCUAACUGCUAUAGAUAUUUGUUACAGUUAUUUUAUUUUUAGAUUACCAUUGUGGCAUCAGUUGUUAUUGGUAUCUAAACAUAGAAAAAUAUGUUUCUAAUGGCCCUGACGCACUGGUCACAGUUACUUAUUAUUAUUAUUGGGCCUGACCAAUGGUUCCGAAUAUAUUACAUUGAAUGGGAGAGUGAGUUAAUUGUUACAAUUUUUAUGUUUGCUAGUCUGUAUAUUUUCAGGUCGUAGUUGUAUUUUUCCAUUACAGGUUGGUGCAAAAUACUGACUUUCUGUCCUGUUUUUAAACUCUUUAAGUGCCAGUGCAAUAAAAUUUUCUCGAGUUUCACGCAGUGACAGUCUGCCACGUAUCUGUGACAUUUGGAGAAGCACGUUCCCUGCUUCCACCUUCCUGUGAAGUGCUGGAGUCUGUCGGUGACCUUACGUACUUGUCGGCUACAGUAGACGUUUAAAUUCCUGUGACAGCUGUUUUGUAACUGUUUACGAAUGACUGCUGUCCGACCCCUUAUUUAUGUGGCCGGCUGCUGCCACACGGCUUUCACCACGGACCUUCAGAAUACAGUGUCCCGUUGUUCCCUUGUCAGUGUUUCCGAUGUGGGUUGUUGAGCUGCAGUGAAGGCAAAACCCAUAUCUAGCUUCACAGGGUUUGGUAACACAUGUGUUUCAAUUGCACCUCGGAAACUACUUGCUGGACAAAUAAUUGACAUCAUCUCAGUAUCACGUGUUUGCUCCUCAUCGACUGCCAUUUGUCUUUCUGGGUUAAUUUUACAUUGCAUACAUGUUCGGAGCAAUGUACGGAGACACACCACUGUCUGUCUGAUGUAAGACUUGCAUUUCAAGGGAUCAUUGAUACUGUCCAGAAUAUUUUUUUUUAUUUUUGCAGGUGAUCAGAAGAAGUGCUCAGUUCUGUUCUUGUUCAGAGUGGAGACGAUUCUGUGUUAGCAUAGUGUGGGAAGGCGAUUUUCCAGUCUCCUCCUCUGCUCUCAUCUGUACGUCGUAGCACUCUCUUGUCGUUAACAUCUUCUGUCCUAUAGCCAUCAGAAGUGAAGGUACACUCCAGUGAAUCUAGUCACAUGUAUUCUUUGUUCAGUGCAUCAGAGCCCUGAGGCAAUCACUGCCUCCAUAUGGUGAAAGUGUGUCAAUGGGAGGAAGUCAGUCUCCUCAAUGUGUUUAGGGAACCUGGUGUUAUAAUGAAUGUUAUUUAGGUGAACAAGUCCUUAUCACCUAGCAGCACCACAAAUAUAUUGCCUAUGUAUCUGUAGAUGUUCUCAUUGGACAUGACACUGUCUCUGUUACAAUUUCUUCAAAUUCUCCUGUGUAGAAGUUUGCCACAGUGUACUAUAACCCCCCUCCCACACACACACACACACACACACACACACACACACACACCAAAGGAGUGGCCAGUGGUGAAUAUAAAUGCCUGCCACUGCAUGUGGCAGAUUGAAACAUAGUACUUUAGCACUUCAUUAGAAGGCAAAAUGUCAAAGAUGUGCAGAGAACUGAUGCAGUUAGAAACCCGAGAAAAUAAUUAGCACUGGUUUUCAUACUUUAGUAAUCUUCAGUUUGUGAAAUCUGACAAACGACAAAACUUGUUAGUUGCAACAUCCGCUUUUCACCUUCACUCAUUUGUUUUAGGAAUACUUCAUCACUAAUGGCAUUCAUGAUAAGCUUGAGUUAUCUGCUAAUUUGCUUCCUACUUUCCACAGUCCUUACACUGGAUGCUUUGUUCUCUUAGAAUUAUGAAGUGAAGUGCUUGGAAGCUCGCAUUGGAGGAGGUUAGGCUGGUGAGAGAUACAAACAGUCCUCUAAUGCAGUGUGACUUCUUGUUAUUGUUUUUAAUAUAUAAUUUAUCCCCUGUCAUAUUACAGCUCCCUCCCUUCUCACACUCACUCUCUCCCUCUCCUGCUCUUCUUACAAACAGUCGAUUGUAUAAAAAUAAAUUUGCUCGACGAAACUGUUAAAUUACAGAGUCAAAAAGUGCACCAGCAAUUAUAUCUAGGUUGCAAAAUUCCAGUAUUGUUGUUAGACACAUUUAAAAGUGAAAACUCUAAUCCUAUCUUGUUGAGCUUCAAGCUCUUUCCUCAGGGAAGAAGGAAAGAAAGAGGGGGGGGGGGGGGGGGUUUCAGGAAGGAGUGGCAGUUUACUCAGAUUCCGGAAUGGAGGAGGACCCACAUCUAGUCGGGAUGAAGAGAGACGAAGAUGAAGGGGGGAGAGAUAAGAAACAUUAGGGGGUUGGAGAUGGUACAUUUACCAGUUUCAGUCCAGAGAUGAUAAAGGACACAGCGAGAAGUAAGAAAAGUGAUAAGUAGAAUCAAUAGUACAGCUAAAAACUAAAAAGGAGCUGUGAGAGGGACACCAUAAAUAAAAGACAAAUAGAGGAAACAAUUGAUUAAAUAAACAAAUAUAAUAAUACCAAAAAAUGGGUGAGGGUAUUAUACACCAGUGGAGGUUAAGUCAUGGUGGUGGGAUGUGAGGAUAUGUUGGAAAAAAGUUUCAUCUCUGGGGUUCAGAGAAGCUGGUCCUGCAUACCAAUAGCCAGUGGAGAGACUGGAGUUACGUAGUGGUGCACGGGUACAUGAGGCUGACAUACUUGUAUACAGUACCCUCACUUCCAUUACUGUUGCAUAUUUUAUUUAUUUAUUUGCUUCAUUUUGUUAUUUAUCCCUGUUCCUCCCAUCCCAAUCUCUCUCUCCUCCUCUCCCCCCCCCCCCCCCCCCCCCUCCCCUCCUCCCUU